AAUUUGAAUGACCGUUUUAAACGAUUUUUCCCAGUCGGAGCUAGUUUUUUUUCUCCAGAGUUGUCUUGAACGCAAUGAAGUCGGAGAUUUACCAGUUACAAUUUGUUUUGAACAGAGCAUCGAUUGGCACAAACCUACUUGCGCUGAGUUGAGAAACCGGUGGUUGUAUUCGAUACAAGUCUUUAUUAAUUAAAAGUUAGAAUUUCAGCAUCCCGCGGAAGGACGGCAGUUGUACAGGACAAACAUAGGUACAGAACACCAAUGGGCCUCCUGAUCUGAUGCUGGACCCCAGGACUGUAUGUGUAUCUCUUGAUGAAGUGGUAUCCAAUCAUUUGAGCAGUCAACAUACUCCAUUAUUAAAUGGGCAUCUCAAGAAAGUGGAGAACAGUCUAACUGAAGCCCAACGUUUUUCCUACCUGCCACAUCGACCAACAGUUAACAUUGAAUUCAAAGAUGUCAGCUACUCAGUUCCAGAGGGACCAUGGUGGAGAAAGAAAGGUUACAAGACUCUGCUGAAAGGGAUCUCUGGAAAAUUCACCAGUGGCUGCCUGGUGGCCAUCAUGGGUCCCUCAGGAGCUGGGAAAUCUACGCUGAUGAACAUUCUGGCCGGCUACAGAGAGACAGGGAUGAAGGGGGAAAUCUUGAUCAAUGGGCAGCCUCGUGACCUACGCUCUUUCAGGAAGGUCUCGUGCUACAUCAUGCAGGACGACAUGCUUCUGCCUCACCUCACAGUACAGGAAGCCAUGAUGGUGUCUGCUAAUCUGAAGCUCCAGGAAAAGGAUGAGGGCAAGAGAGACAUGGUGAGGGAGAUCCUGACGGCCCUGGGCCUGCUUGAGUGUGCGAAAACCCGAACGUCACAUCUAUCAGGGGGGCAGAGGAAAAGGCUGGCUAUCGCCCUGGAGCUUGUCAACAACCCUCCCGUCAUGUUUUUUGACGAACCCACCAGUGGCCUGGACAGUUCCUCCUGCUUCCAGGUGUUGUCUAUGCUGAAGGCCCUGGCCCAUGGUGGCCGCACCGUCAUCUGCACCAUCCACCAGCCCAGCGCCAAGCUCUUUGAGCUCUUCAACAAGCUGUAUGUCCUUAGUCAGGGCCAGUGUAUCUACAGAGGGAAUGUACCUAACCUGGUCACCUAUCUUAGAGAGCUGGGGCUCAACUGCCCAACGUACCACAACCCUGCAGACUUUGUGAUGGAGGUGGCGUCUGGGGAGUACGGAGAUCAGACGGUGCGUCUGGUGAAGGCCGUGCAGGAGAGGAAAUGUGAGCAGGUCUACAAGACAGACAUGAACAAUGGACCCCUCAAUCCCUUCCUGUGGCACAAGUCGUCUGAGGAGGACUCGUCUUCCGGUGAGGGCUGCCACAGUUUCUCGGCCAGUUGUCUGACUCAGUUCUGCAUCCUGUUCAAAAGGACGUUUCAAAGCAUUAUUAGAGAUACGGUGCUGACUCACCUAAGAAUCUGCUCUCACAUUGGAAUUGGGAUUCUGAUUGGCCUGCUCUACCUGGGCAUCGGCAACGACGCCAAGAAAGUGCUCAGCAACUCUGGCUUCCUCUUCUUCUCCAUGCUCUUCCUCAUGUUUGCUGCUCUAAUGCCUACUGUUCUGACCUUCCCUUUAGAGAUGGGAGUUUUCCUAAGAGAGCACUUGAACUACUGGUACAGUCUGAAGGCUUACUAUCUGGCCAAGACUAUGGCGGACCUCCCCUUCCAGAUAGUGUUCCCAGUCGCCUACUGCAGCAUCGUCUACUGGAUGACGUCCCAGCCGCCUGACGCUGUGCGUUUCAUCCUUUUCUUGGCCCUGGGAGUCCUCACCUCUCUUGUGGCUCAGUCUCUGGGCCUGCUGAUAGGAGCGGCUUCCACCUCUCUACAGGUUGCCACGUUUGUAGGUCCGGUGACUGCCAUACCCGUGCUGCUUUUCUCUGGCUUCUUCGUCAGUUUCGACACAAUUCCGUGGUAUCUUCAGUGGAUGUCAUACCUUUCAUAUGUCAGGUAUGGCUUUGAAGGUGUCAUCCUCUCCAUCUAUGGCCUGGACCGGGAGGACCUCCACUGCAACAAGGAUGAAACAUGCCAUUUCCAGAAGUCGGAGGCCAUCUUGAAAGAGCUUGACGUGGAAGAUGCCAAACUGUACCUUGACUUCAUAGUGCUUGGCAUGUUCUUUGUGAGCCUCCGCCUCCUCGCAUACUUUGUGCUGCGCUAUAAGAUCAGUGCAGAGAGGUAGACUGGAGAGUGAGGGUAGGAGGAAGAAGGCCUAGAUCGCUUGCAUGCUGGAAUACUGCUUCUGGAGACCUCCAGGCAGUGACCAGAAACACACCAUGCACACUGCAGAAAUUAUGGGUACACUAUGUGGCGGUGGCACGAAAGGGCUGGAUUUUGACACUUGACUGGCCAAUCAGAACAUUCUCCAUGGCUAAAUAUGUGGUUGCUUUACAGUCUUUUAUGUUUUGCAUUGUCAUCAACGCCAAUUUGAAUGUCAGUCCGCUAUAGCCUAGUUUGUUAAAUAGCCUAUAGAAACAAACUAACUAAAUGUAGGCCUACCCAUCUUUCCUAAAUAUAUUGAACAUGUUGGCAGUCCACAUUGCUCUAUGUAAUUGCAUUGCUUCAAUAUGGAAAUAUAUUAUCACACUGAUAUGAGCUAGGCCUACUGUAAAUGUCAUUAUGGCUGAGCCAUGGACAUGCCAAACGUUGUCAAUAAGCAAGAUGUAAUUCACUAUUGACGAGGCCUAAAAAGAGUGAAUCAUUCUAAUCAAAUUCUAAUCAAAAGAAAAAGUUGUUUUAAGUAGGCUGUCUAAAUACAUGUUUAAAUGUUUUGUAGUAAACAAGUGUUUCCAAUGACAUCAUCAACCAAUUAGUAGACCAUUAGUAGGCAAUGUUUACUCACAAUUGGUCAAAAUCACAUUAUGCACACUGAUGAUGUCAUUGGAAACACUUAUCUUCCCCUAUCUUUUUUUUUUUACAACAAAACAUAGAAACUCACCAUUUUCACAUGUUGAUGUUGGGGUGAUGAUGAAUAUGAAGUUGGAAAAAAUGUGUUGUUUCCCUUUAAGGGUAGACUACAGGAUGGCUUGGUUUGUAAUCAUAUGAAACGGAAAACAAGCAAUUGUUACAGGAAAAUAAGUUCUAAAGGGUCACCAGCAUUAUCUCAUCUCUCCUUUCAUGAUGGGCGUAUGGACACAAGUAGCCUGCCUGGAGUUUAUUUUUAUUUUUACGCACGUCCAAAACGGGAGCUGGCUAAAAUAACAUACAUAUAUACAUACAUACAUAUAUUAUAUAAGGGGAUGUCCACUUACUGUUUUUUUCUGUUUUUCCGCUCCCAAACGUUCAUUUUUAAUUAAGCUUUGUUGGUUAAGAUGUAUUUCAAAGCGGUCUCACUAGCGAAACCCUUUAUUGUUAGGCUUGGCUACUUGGCGAACGCAUUGGGCAGGACAAAACAACUGCCUUCAUUGAGAGGAAGGGAGGACUAUGCACAAUUUUUAAUCAAAUGAAACCAAAUGAGAAAACAUAUCCUCUCUUCUUCCAUGAGUAUAAGGGUCACAGCUGGAUAGGUUGCGCUUCAGCUCACAAAAUCCUUGCCAUUACCAACCGCAAAGACCGGCUUUUCAUUGGUCUUAAGUCUCCCGAUAUGCGCUGCAUGAAAUUGUCACUUUUGAACUUGUUUUCAUGGGCACGCCUAAAAUAUUUACACAGCGCAAGCAAGCUGAUAUUAGACUGAUGCGCUGCUGAACCUGGCACAUGGGGUGGAAAACGCCAAAGCGACAGUUUUUACAUGCUGAAUUUGUGCGUUUGGCACUUGUGCCGCGUAGCUCCAGCCGAAAAUAGAGCUUAUUCUCUUUUGAUAGGUUUACUCCCUGUGAAAAGGAAAUUAUAUGACCUCAUGGCAUCUUGUCAUUCAUUAUACAUGGCUUUCAUUUGUUUACCAUAGUGAGAGGAACAUGCACUGGCCACAUGUGUAAACCUCAAAAAUAGUGGAAUGAAUAGCAAAGGAAUGCAUUAAAGGGAUAGUUCACCCAAAUUAAAUUAAUUAAAAAAUUACAUUGGUUUACCAUUACCCUGUAAGUAGUCUAUGGACAAGUUAAGACAGCAAUCCAUGCUUUGGUUUUGUUUAUUUGACCACUGUCUCCAAAUGCUAACUUUUUAGCAUUCAUGUCAUAAUUACAAUAUGUCGUUAGGGUGAACUAUCCUUUUAAGUUGCGAAUUGGGCAUUAAAACGAUGUACAGGUUGCAUAACAUAACAGCAGAACUGCAUGAAACAAAUGAAGCUGCUUAAUCUCUUUAGUGGUUUACUUAUAUGGCCUGAAAAAUAAACUUUAUAUUUUUAAUUAUCAGUAGAAAGUAUGAUGAAUUUUAAAAAAAACUUAAACAAAUUACACACUCUACAUAAUGUGAUACUGCAAAUAUCAAUGCAAAACCUUUUGUAAAACAUGAUAAUAUGCUUUUGUAGAUUGGUAUGUUUUUGUCAUUACUUUAUUUUGUGUUGCAAUAUUUCACACACAGAGGUUGAAACUCUAAUAAAACACUGCAGAGGAAAUGUUGCAUGUUACACUAUUUCAAAGCUAUGUUUUAAUGGCAGUGUUAUGAACAUGUUUUCAGUACAUAGGAUAGUAUUAUUAAAUAUGUUUAAUUGGCUUGCUGGGGAGGAGGCUUUAAAAGUUUAAUGUUUAGACAAACCCCACUCUGAAGUUCUGAACUCAUUGGAACAGCUUUCUAUCAAGAAUGUGGGGCAUUACCAAAUUAUUUUUUGUACAUUGGUUUGUUUUUCCAAUUGUUUAGCUUUUCCUCCUUUGAAUCCCCUUUAUAUCUACACGAUACACUGAUUAUACAAAACAUUAAAAACACCCACCUAAUAUUGAGUUGCACCUCCUCCCUUUCUUCAACAGAACAGCCUCAAUUUGUUGAGCCAUGGACUCUAAUGUAUCAAAGCUUAAAAAUCCCUCUUUAACCUGUCUCCUCCCCUUCGUCUACAUUGAUUGAAGUGGAUUGAACAAGUGACAUCAAUAAGGGAUCAUAGCUUUCACCUGGUCAGUCUGUCAUGGAAAGAGCAGGUGUCCUUAAUGUUUUGUAUACUCAGUGUAGUUUACCUCAUGGUAAACUGCAGACCCUUUUAUCUACCAAUAAUGUUUUUUAUCUUCCAUAAUGUUUUGUAGGUCGAUUCUUGCAUCAAACUAAAGCUGUAUUUGAAUAAUGUUCAAAUAAGUGUUGAGAUACUCAGUUUAUAGCUCAUAUUUUCUGCAACGUGUGAACUGUUACGUACUGACAUUUUAGAUGAAUGAAAUUAAUAAAGUUGCAAUAUUUUUCA